AGGAGCUACGCCGAAGUGGUGAAGAACCACCAGGAGAAAGAUCAAGAGGAGAAGGGGAGUAAGCAAUUUACGGGGAAUCAUAUGGAAGGACAGAGGAUUAUUAGAAGCCAAACCAAGGGUGAAAUGGGAGUCAUUGAUAACAGAAAAGUGUGGCAAGAAAAGGGUAAGAGCGCUAAUUGGGCUGGAUUUGAAUACAAUGUUGAUCCAGGGGAGUAUGCGUGGCUUGAAGGAUGCUAUGUAGGAACAGUUUACUCAGUGGAAAUGGUUAGAAACUUGCAGGAAAAAUUUUACAUGGAAGGGUACUUUGCAUGUCGAAUCCGCGCGAUGGGGGGAAAAUUGGUGCUUCUUGAUUGUGAUGACAAAAAUGAGCUAAAACAUUUGGUGGAGUCGGCAUCCGAGUGGUUAGGACAAUGGUUUGCAGAAGUAAAACCAUGGUCACCGGAUAAGGUGGCGGAUGAAAGGUUUGUGUGGGUUAGGUGUCAAGGAGCACCCCUAAAUGUGUGGGGAUCAGAUUUUUUUGCAAAAAUGGGCAGUUCAUGGGGUAAAUUCAUUUGUUUGGACGACAACACAAGCCAAAAAAGAAGAUUCGAUGUAGCCAGAUUUCUGCUCUCAACACCGAUCAUGAAUACAAUAUCAGUAUUGAGACAGAUUAAAAUUAAUGGGGUCAUGCACAAUGUUAAAUUUACGGAGGAGGAGUUCACUAACAGCUUCUUCUCCUUGAAGCAGGAUUUCAUGCCAACUUUUCAAAGCGAGUCUGAAAAUGAGGAGUCAUGGUCACUAGAAAGUGAUAAGGAAGACUCUGAUCUGGAAAAAAUUGCAGAGAUGGAGCAAGAGUUCAUGGGAGAUGAUAAGCUGGCGGAGGAAGAUGAUGAGGUGGCGUACAGUAACGGUCACAGUGAUGGGAAGUUUCUGUCACAUGAUGUGCAGGUCAAAAAGGGGAGAAUUGAAGCAGGGGCGGGGAGCUUGGUCCAAGUUCAAAAUUCAAAUGAAGAUUACCACAGUGCAGCGGAAAAGGGAACGUGGCAACAACAGGAGAAAUUGAAAGGUGCUGUAGAAAAAUUGGGCUUCAAGGAGAAUCAUAGGAGGAGGCUGAAAGGUAAGCCCAAAUCCCAUGGAAGCAGCCCAAGCUUUGAGGAGUCAACUAAUGAAGGGUUGGGCCAAGGUCUAAGGGGAUUAGGCCCAUCGGUUGGUCAACUUAUGGAGAUGAAUAAAGACAAAAGAUCUAAGGCUGUAAUUUCCGAAGAUGGGGAAGGGGAUUCGGUCCAGCAGAAAAUCGGUGCUGCAGAGGAGAAGAUGCAAUCUCCAAACCAGAUGGGGUCGAGAGGGGACAAGGAGGCGUCUACCGUGGAGGAAGUGAGGGAGUCGGUCAUGUGGGAGCAUGACGGCGAUGAUGAUCAGAAGCAGCUCUCGAAUCAGGAGGGAUCGAGGGGAGCCAAGAUGUCUCUGUCCGAAGAGGAAGGAGGAGCUCCUACGCAGUGGGAUCUUGACGGCGAUGCGGAGCAGAGGCAGAUCCUGAAGCAGAAGGGGGCGCUAGCUUUUCAGCAAAAGAGGAAGAAGAAGAUCAGGCUUUGUAGUGCUAUCUACCGAAGAGAGGGGGCUGAGGGUGGUGAACGAAGGAGAAAGAAAAAAGAUGAAAGUGCAAAACAGAUCCGGAAAUCAAAGAAAGGUAGUCUAAUGCCGGUAUUCUUGGCUAGCCCAAAUAGCGAGAUAGCAGGGGAAUCCAUUGGAGAUAGUGGAAUAGCAAAUUGUAACAGGGCUUGGAAGGAACAAAUGCACAGCCACCUAGCUAAGGAAAUUUGGGAUUUAGCCAAACAGUUGGGUGCUACAGCAGAGAAGGACGAGGUGAUAGUGCAAAGAAUUGAAGAGAUGGAGAGGAGAGACAGACAAAAUAAAGAAGAAAUGGUAAAUCGGGCAGCUGAGGAAGCAAAGAAGGGUUUAUCUGGAGGACUUCUUUGUAUUUGGGAUUUAUCUGUGUUCAAAAUGAUGGAGGUGGUGGAGGGCCGUUACUUUAUGGGGGUGUUUGGGGUAUGGGGAGAAGAGCAGAUACCAGUACAUCUGAUUAACAUUUACUCUCCAUGUACUCUGGUGGGCAAAAGAGAGUUGUGGGAGGAGCUGGGUAAUUUGAUCAACAGAAGGAAGGGAAGAUGGUGUUUAGGGGGUGAUUUUAAUGCGGUCACAAAGGUUGAGGAGAGGGCGGGGUGUAAAGAUACAACUACAGAGAUGAAUGAGUUUAAUAGCUUUAUCCAGGAUGCAGGAUUGAUUGAUUUAGCAUUGAUAGGCAGAAAGUAUACUUGGUAUAGCUCAAAUGGUCGACAGAUGAGUAGAAUUGAUAGAUUUUUGAUAAAUGCUGAUUGGUUUGAGAAGUGGAGUGAUAUGAAACAGUGGGGUUUGGGCAGAACUGUGUCAGAUCAUUGCCCGUUGGUCCUGAAAAAUGAAAAGAUAGACUGGGGACCAAAGCCGUUUAAAUUCUUCAAUGUGUGGCUGGAGCAGCAUGAAUGUAAGGAGCUUAUAAGAAAGGCAUGGAAUUCUACAGGGGAAGAUGGGAGAAAGGGUUUCAGACUGAAAGAGAAAUUGAAAGGAACUAAAAAAGCCUUGAAGGAGUGGAGUGGCAACCACAUGUCGGAAGUAGACCGCAAGAUAAAAGAUGCUAAAAAGAUGAUAGCUUCUCUGGAUGAGAAAGGAGAAACCGUCCAAUUAUCGGAAGAAGAUGCAAACAAGAGGAAAGACUGCUUCUUAGAUCUGUGGGAGAACUUGAAAAUCAAGGAGAGAAUGUGGCAGCAGAAAUCAAGGAAGAUGUGGUUAAGAGAUGGGGAUGCUAACACAAGAUUUUUCCAUAAUUGUGUGAAGGGCAGAUGGAGAAGAAAUGAGAUUAAUAGCAUCCAGGUGAAUGGGAAACAGAUUCGGGAGGUGGGGGAGUUAAAAGAAGGAGUGGCAAGGUACUUUCAAGAUUUGUUCACAGAAAGUAACUGGCUGAGACCAAAGCUGGAUGGCAUCAACUUCAAACAACUAUCCCAUGCAGACAAUGAAUCCCUUAUGGCUGAGUUUUCUGAGGAUGAAAUCAAGAAUGUAGUGUGGGAUUGUGAGCCAACAAAAUCCCCAGGGCCUGAUGGGUUUAAUUUCAAGUUUAUAAAGGCUAUGUGGGAGGUCAUCAAACAAGAUAUUAUUGGCUAUAUCCAGGAAUUCCACGAGCGAGGCAAGAUAGAAAAAGGAGCAAAUGCAUCUUUCAUAGUCUUAAUCCCGAAGAUUGAGAAUCCCCAAAGAAUUGAAGAUUAUAGGCCAAUCUCGCUCAUUGGAGUUAUGUAUAAGAUCUUGGCAAAGCUGCUAGCUAACCGACUGAGGAAAGUUCUGGAUAAGAUCAUCGGGGAGCAGCAAAUGGCAUUCAUUAAAGGUAGACAGCUGCUGGAUGGGGUGAUCAUCGCUAAUGAGGUGAUUGAGGAGGCAAAGAGAAAGAAGAAAAACAGCUUUCUACUCAAGGUUGACGUCGAAAAAGCAUAUGACAAUGUAUGCUGGGAUUUUAUUGACUACAUGUUGUUGAGAAUGGGAUUUACUGCCACAUGGAGAAAAUGGAUGAAGGAAUGUCUACAGUCAAGCACAGUUUCAAUCCUCAUUAAUGGAAGCCCCACAAGGCAGUUCCCGAUUAGUAAAGGGAUAAGGCAAGGAGAUCCACUAUCGCCCUUCUUGUUUCUAAUAGUAGCGGAGGGAUUGAAUGGCUUAAUGUUAUCUGCGGUGGGUAAAAAUCUCUACAAGGGGGUGAGGAUUGGAAACGAAGAAGUGUCGGUAUCACACCUCCAGUUUGCAGACGACACGAUAUUUUUUGGCGAAGCAUCAAAGGAAAACAUUCAAGUUAUCAAAUGCAUUUUGAGGACCUUUGAGUUAGCUUCGGGACUUAAGAUUAACUAUGGUAAAAGUCAGCUAAUGGGUAUCGGGGUUGAGGAAGAUUGGAAAAAGAGAAUGGCCUACACUCUCCACUGCAAAGAAGGCGAGCUCCCUGUUAAGUAUCUAGGAGUUCAAAUUGGAGGGAAUCAUAGAAAACUAACAAUGUGGCAGCCACUGGUGAACUCCUUCAAAAAGAAGCUAGCAAGUUGGAAGGGCCGAGACUUAUCAAUGGGGGGUCGAAUCGCGCUGAUAAACUCUGUAUUGUCCAGCUUACCGGUGUUCCAAAUGUCAGCCUACUUAUUACCCAAAGGUAUUCUCUACUCCCUAGAUAAAAUUCGGAGAAAAUUUUUAUGGGGAGGGGAGGGAGAGGGGAAGAAAAUUAAUUGGGUUAGUUGGGAGAGGGUAUGUAGAUCAAAGGAGGAGGGAGGUUUAGGAGUAAAAGACUUGAAGAAAUUUAAUGUGGCAUUGAUGGGAAAAUGGUUGAGUAGGUUGGCAAAUAUGGAAGAGGGCUUGUGGAAGAGUGUCAUUGUAGGAAAAUACGGAGCAGAAGGGGGACACUGGCUGGAUUGGGUGCGUGAUGGCAGGAACAUAGGAUCGCUAUGGUGGAGAGAUGUCCGAAGACUCAAGGCCGGGAAGGGAGUGAACGCGAGAUGGUUGUGGGAGGAUUUUAGGCUGAAGAUAGGGGAAGGGAGAGGUAUUAAAUUCUGGUGGGAUUCAUGGUGCGGGGAGGAGUGUUUAGCCAACAAAUUUCCUAGGUUGUAUUUACUGUCAACAGGGAAAGGAAAAGAAUGUCAUGAAAUGGGUAAAGUGGAGAGGGCCACAUGGAAAUGGAAUUUAACAUGGAGAAGGAAAUUGUUUGAAUGGGAAGAAGAAGCAGCUCGAGAACUAAAAGGGAUGAUUGAAGAAGUGAAGAUCACACCAGGCUGCCCAAAUAGAUGGGAAUGGAGUCUCAGCAAGGAAGGCCAAUAUUCAACAAAAAUAGCUUAUCAAAGGCUUUCAAUGCUAAGGAAGAACCCAGAGGAAGAAAAAAUCUUUAAAAGGGUGUGGAAUCCCAUCGUCCCUAGUAAAGUGGCUGUGUUUAAUUGGAAAUCAUUGCUGGACAGAAUUCCAACCAAGUUAAAUUUGAUCAAAAAGGGAGUUAUCAAAGAUAUGGCUGAAGGGAAUUGUGUCUUAUGCGAGGAAGAGACCGAAGAUACUAACCACCUGUUCUUAGAAUGCAGAGUAGCUAGAAGAUUGUGGAUAGCAUGUGCAAACUGGUGGGGAACAAACUUUACACUUCACAGAGAUUGCUGGACAACCUUUCAACAUUUUGGGACAUGGACUACAAAACCACACAUUUCAGAAGGGUGGGACUGCAUCUGGAACACAGUUUUGUGGACUAUAUGGAUGGCACGAAAUGGGAAGGUUUUCCAUGAUUCAAAGUCUUUCGGAUUGGAUGAUUGAUCCUACUUCUUGUCUGUUAGUAAAUGGUAGACGAAAGUAGUAAUGCUUCGAAAGAUAGUAGUAACAUUGAAGGGCUGGUUUUGUUUUUGUUGUAAGGGCUUGAGUACCCCUUGUACUCAAUGUUUUUCUUCAUCAAUGAAUUAUCCAAUUGCUG